AUGGACAAUUGGACUAUUGAGCCAUCAGAUAACACCAAAAAUUCAUCAAACGCUAUUUUUACUAUAUUCAAUAAGAUCGCUCCUCCUUCUCAAAUCAAUAAGACAGCCUAUUCCUUAGUUGCAGGAGACCCAUCAAAAUGCUCAGACUUUCAAGUAAAUCCUGCAUUCGUCGAAGCAGUUAACAACUCGCUAAAGUCUGGAACAGGUAAUAGCUAUUCUCAUCAACUUGGCCCAAAAGAAGCUAGAGAAUUCUUGGCCAAAAAAUACAGCUACCCUAAUAUUAAACUGUCCGCUGAUGACAUAGUUUUCGAUUUUGGAGGGUCAGGCGCCAUUUUUACACUCAUCCAAACUAUGCUAAAUCCAGGCGAUAACAUGCUAGUUCCUUCACCUGGAUUCCCUCUUUACGAACUUAUGUGCAGAAAUAGGGGAUGCACUGCAAAAUACUAUAAAUUAAAACCUUACGAAAAUUGGGAAAUAGAUUUCAACGAAUUAGACGCAGCUGUAGAUGAGCGAACUAAACUCCUUAUAAUUAUAAAUCCUUCAAAUCCAUGUGGAAGUGUGUUUUCAAGAGAGCAAUUGCUACAAAUUUUAGAUUGGGCGAAAAAUCAUCAACUCUGUAUUUUAGCCGAUGAAGUGUAUGAGGGGCUGACAUUUGAGAAGCCUUUUAUUCCUCUAGGCUCUUUAACUGAUGAAGUUCCAGUAUUUUCAAUAGGGAUUAGGAUUUUUAAGUAAAGGCGCUAGCCAUAUUGGCGACGCAGUCACCAAAGACAUCCCUUAAGGGAGAUUCUACCGCUUUUCGACUCCAGAGGGUCUAUCCCUCUUGCUAGUGCCCUUUUGAGUAGCAUAUUCUAAGGAUUCUUGGAGUCUAUCGGGUGUCGAAGUGCCUUUCUUCUACAGCUAAAGGAAAAAGACUGUUUUCCUGUGGUCUGGGCCGAAUUCUCCAGUUUCUCGGUAGAGGAAUGCCUAUGGGUCCUCAGAUCCAAAGGAUGUUGUCUAGCACCUCUAUUUCCAACCACAGGAAAGCAGCCAAAGCCUACCUGGAUACACACCUCUUAAGCCUGCACUUGAUUCUCGGCUCGGAGUCUAUCCUAGUUCGCUGUAGCCAUAAAGUCUGGACUGCUGCGCCAUGAGGGCAAGAUGGCACAUGUCGCCAUUUUAAUGUAUAGUAUUUAAUAGGGACAAUGAGUAAGUUGUGCCUUGUUCCUGGCUGAAGAUGUGGCUGGAUUAAAAUUUACGAUAAAUAUAACCGUUGCAGGUAA